UUUGCCGCUGGCCCGUUCCGCGCGCACUCGCCCGGAGCCAUGGCACGGCUGUGCCCUGCUGCCCCAGCCCUGCUGGCGUGCUCCCUUGCCGUGCUGCUCCAAACCUCUCUGUCCCUGCAUCAUGUGCCGAUGCUGCUCUGGUCGACUCAGAGAUCACAGUGGAAUCCAGACACUGCAGUGCAUGAAGGACAAGUUGUCUCAGCACAGGAGCUGACAGAACUCUUGCAACCUCUUUUUACCCAGAACUCCAGAAACCUCGUCUUGUUCCUGCAAGAUAGGCUUAGCAUAGAUGAUUUCACAUACUUCAGUGAAUCCUAUGGCAACAAGAAUCCGUUUCAAAAUGUUCAGGAAAUUCUUCAGUCUUCUCCUUCAUCUUUAGUUUUGCCAGCUGUUGACUGCAAGGCUACCAGGUAUCUCCUGAAUGUUCUUCAAGAAUCAGGAGAUUGGAAGUUAACAAAUGUAACUGAUCUCAGUGUCUCUCAGCUGGAAGUGAAUACCUCGAAUCCAAAUGUACUGGUGGUUCAGCUACAACCACUUGCCAGUGAUUUAAAAGAGAUUUCCACCCUGGAAGCAAUUGCUGAAAAUGACAAAAUAAUUGGAAGAGUGACCAUGGAUCUGCAGGAACGAGGGAUUCAUUUUUCAGUCAUUUAUACUGCAGUGAGACCUUCAAGGAGUUUUAGAAGAACUGAUGUGGUGGCAGAAUUAAGACGACAAUUAAUGGCUGCUGAGGAAGAAGAAAGUUUAUCAUAUCCUCCUCUGAAUAUAACCACUGGAAAUUAUACAUGCAUCCUUUUUUAUGCUAGUAAUUUUAGCCUCAAAGCCAACAGUUCAGUUUUAAUAGAUUUGACAAAUGCAACAUUUUUAACACAGAAUGUGGAUAUUUCUGCCUCUGAGUGCUCAGACAGCAACACAACACUGUCAUUAAAAUACACAAAACCAGUGAAUGGAAUCAGCAGCCUAGAGAUAAGGUUUUUAAUGACCAACAAGUUCUAUGAAGUCUCGGCUAGAAGAUGGUCCACUUUAGAUUCAGUUGAGAUUGUACAAGAUGGAGAAAAGUUAGCUAAAUUUAAUGUUUCUGGCAUCUCUGCCCCUGCAGAGUAUUCAUUUCAUUGUCAGCUGGUGGGAACAAGCAAUCUCUAUCCUGCAAGGCUGGUUCCAUCCAACAAUGAGGCAAAAAAUUGGGAUGUUUUCAUUUCCAAGUUGCAAAUUCAAGGCUUCAACAUUAUAAACAACCAGUUUUCCUAUGCAAGUGACUGUGCAGGUUUCUUCACUCCUGGAAUUUGGAUGGGCUUGGUGACAUCUAUAAUUUUACUGUGGAUCCUGACCUAUGGAAUCCAUAUGGUCAUGCAGCUCACAACAAACAGCAGAUUUGAUGAUCCCAAAGGUCCAGCUCUAUCAGUUCCUCAGACAGAAUAGCCGUGGAUUGACUUAAUGCUACUGUGGCUUUUGCCGGUCUGAUGUUUAAGAUUUUUAUAACCUUUUUACUUCAUAAUAUGUUUAACUUAAAAAGAUAUCAUAGGAAAAGCAGAUAAUUAAACUACAUAUAAAAAUGAUCCUUGUGUUUGGCAACAAUAAUAAUUCUAUCUGUUAUUAUGACAAUUUGUUAACAGCUUUUUGUGUUAAGGUUCUAAAGUGAGACUCUGGAGGUUAUUACUCUCUCUGGGUAUUAGAAAGACCAUUAAAAACUUCCUUCAGAUUAGCUUCUAUUGGCAAAGAAAACAUACCAAAACACAGAUAAUUGGGAAGGAUAAAAUAUUUGAUGAUAAACUAUAUAUUGAAAAAAAUGGUCUCUUUGAAGGCUCUUUAUUGUCAUGAUGAUGCUACAUCUUAAGAAAUUUUAAGUGUGUUUUGAAAUUUUUUCUCUUGAGUAAAACAUCCAGAAAUGUACAGAACUAAUAAAGUAUAAAUCACUAAA